UUCCACCACCUGUUCUGGGAGUAGGGCCCAAUCAGCCCCCCUGCUCACCUUCUGCCCUAUAUUAGAGCCCCAGGCUCUGUGCCCUUUUCUUAUCAUCGCAAAACUCACGAUGCUUCGGCUGCUCAGUUCCCUCCUCCUUGUGGCCUUUGCCUCAGGCUAUGGCCAACCUUCCUCUCAGCCUUCCAGCCGCGUUGUCAAUGGUGAGGAUGCGGACCCCUACAGCUGGCCCUGGCAGGUUUCCCUGCAGUAUGAGAAAAGCGGAAGCUUCCACCACACCUGCGGUGGCAGCCUCAUCGCCCCCGACUGGGUUAUGACUGCGGGCCACUGCAUCUCGAGCUCUCUGACCUACCAGGUGGUGUUGGGCGACUACAACCUUGAUGUGGAGGAGGGCUCUGAGCAGGUGAUCCCCAUCGACUCUGGGGACCUCUUUGUGCAUCCACUCUGGAACCCCUCGUGUGUGGCCUGUGGCAAUGACAUCCUUCCCAACGAGGCACCCUGCUACAUCACCGGCUGGGGCCGUCUCUAUACCAACGGACCACUCCCAGACAAGCUGCAGCAGGCCCUGCUGCCCGUGGUGGACUAUGAGCACUGCUCCCAGUGGAACUGGUGGGGUUCCACCGUGAAGAAGACCAUGGUGUGUGCUGGUGGGGACACCCGCUCCGGCUGCAACGGUGACUCUGGAGGACCCCUCAACUGCCCCACAGAGGAUGGUGGCUGGCAGGUCCACGGUGUGACCAGCUUUGUUUCUUCCCUUGGCUGCAACACCCAAAAGAAGCCCACGGUGUUCACUCGAGUCUCUGCCUUCAUCGACUGGAUCGAGGAGGGAGGAUAGAGACAUGCCAGAUAAGAGGCUGCCUGCUGGGGGACAG